UUACUAGGAGCGGAGCGCGUUGCACCCGCGACAUGGAUGCGACCUCAGCCCCGCACCGUAUCCCCCCGGAAAUGCCUGAGUACGGGGAGGCGAACCACAUCUUCGAGAUGAUGCAGACCAUGCUGGAGCAACUCCUGAUCUUCCAGCCCAAGGACCCCAUCCCGUUCAUGAUCGAUCACUUGCAGCGAGACAAUGAUAAUGUGCCGAAGAUUGUGAUAUUAGGUCCACCUGCCUCGGGGAAAACAACUAUAGCAAUGUGGCUUUGCAAACAUCUGAACAGCAAUCUCCUCACCAUGGAGAACUUGAUGGCAAAAAAGUUUUCCCAGCUGGCUGCUGAAGCCACAAGGCACUAUCAGAAAUCCAAGACAGUUCCCAUCAGGCUGCUGGUCAGACUGAUUCAAGAACGUCUGAAUGAUGAAGAAUGUGUCAGGCGGGGCUGGAUUCUGGAUGGUAUUCCUGAAGCACGGGAGCAGGCUCUGAUGAUCCAGUCCCUCGGAAUCACCCCCAGACACGUUAUUGUGCUGAGUGCAUCCGAUACGGUCCUGAUUGAGAGAAACAUGGGGAAGAGAAUCGACCCUCGAACUGGAGAGAUUUAUCACACUACUUUUGACUGGCCCCCGGAAUCUGAAAUCCAGAACCGACUGAUAGAGCCGGAGGGUAUCUCAGAGCUGGAGACGGCUCGGAAACUGCUGGAAUAUCACAGGAACAUUGUCAGGAUCAUGCCCUCUUACCCCAAAAUCCUCAAAGUCAUCAGUUCUGACCAGCCAUGUGUGGAUGUCUUCUACCAGGCUCUGACCUAUGUCCAAACCAACCAUCGAUCCAAUGCCCCAUUCACCCCGCGAGUGCUGCUUUGUGGACCCGUGGGCAGUGGGAAAAGUCUGCAGGCCGCCCUCCUGGCACAGAAAUAUGGCCUUGUCAAUGUCUGCUGUGGGCAACUGCUGAAAGAGGCUGUGGCAGACAAGUCAAGAUUUGGCGAGCUUAUCCGGCCUUUUUUUGAAAAGAAGAUGGCAGUCCCUGACAACAUCAUCUUGAAGGUCUUGACCAAGCGCCUGAACCAACAGGACUGCAUUCAGAGAGGGUGGGUGAUACAUGGCUACCCGCGGGACCUGGACCAGGCACAUCUGCUGGAAAGCCUGGGCCACAAGCCCAACAGGGUGUUUUUCCUGAAUGUACCAUUAGAUUCUGUCAUCGAGCGGCUGACCCUAAGAAGAACAGAUCCAGUCACGGGAGAAAGGUACCACCUCAUGUACAAGCCACCCCCAACCAUGGAGAUCCAGGCCCGUCUCCUGCAGAACCCAAAGGAUGCUGAAGAGCAGGUCAAGCUCAAAAUGGAUCUGUUCUACCGGAAUUCUGCUGACCUGGAGGGGUUCUAUACACGGGCCAUCACCAUCAAUGGGGACCAGGACCCAUACACUGUCUUUGAAUACAUAGAGAGUGGGAUCAUUAAUCCCCUGCCCAAGAAAGUCCCCUGAUGGGUACAGAGCAAGGAGCAUCCACAGGGAAAAAACAUUAACCUCUCAACCCCAUCCCGUAGUGCCAGGAGUGACCACCAGAGGGUCAGUCCCCUCCUCCAAUGAUUUCCCCUUCCCUUUGUAACAGUCCUUAUUAGGUAAACACAUGUUUCCUCAUCGAUAGAAGAGGACACUGAGGCCCCCAACUUUCUGGAAAGCUCUACCAAGCCAAUAAAGAGUGUGGUGUGCAGUCUUGUGUGUCCUGAAGGUGAUGUGGCUAGAAAAUGGACUUGUUUAGGGGUCUGGGAACACAAGACAGGGGUAUACCAGGGAAGAAGUGAAGUAGAGGGCGGCAGGCUGGGCCUCUGGAGUCAGACCUGGGAUGGGUCCUGGCUCCAGCACCAAUGCGCUGUGCGCCCUUGGAGAAGGUGCUUAGAGCCUCAGAGCCUCUCUUUUCUCACAGCCAAGUGGGGUAAUAUUACUACCUUACAGGGUUGCUGUGGGAUUAACUGAGGUAAUGCAGAUAAAGUUCUUAGCACAGUGCCUGGCACACAGUAAGGUCUCAAUAGACACAGCUUCAGUAAACACAGGCUCAAAAAGGCAACCGUCUCUUGCACAGCGCUGUCCAGUAGAACUCUGCAGUGAUACAGGCUCGGUAUCCGCGCUGCGCAACGUGGCAGCACUGGCUACAUGUGGCUGGUGAGCACUGGAUAUGUGGCUAGUACAACUGAGGAGCUGAAUUUAAAAUCUUA